GGCGUUCAUAACUGUCUCUAUGCCUCGUAGCCAUAACCAAAGCUUUGGCCGUCAUAACGACAUAACGUGUGCAGAGGUAUAGCCAGCCACAGCUCGCAUUCGUGAUGGAGAUGGAUUUCGGAAAUGGCCGCGGUAGUGGACGGUGCUGGUGGUGAUGUUCACUGAUCUCGUGUUCGUGCUACAGGUUGUUUUCGUUUGAAGUAUAACCGUAGUUUCACUCAAUAAAAUUCUAUCAAACCUCGUCGAAAUAAUAAAUGUCCGAGAUGCCACGAUUUCACAAGAUAGAAAUCAACAGAACGGAAUGGGAAGUUCCGGAACGUUAUCAAAUGUUAACACCAGUUGGCUCAGGAGCUUACGGCCAGGUUUGUUCAGCUGUAGAUACAACCAAUGGGCAAAAGGUUGCUAUCAAGAAAUUGGCGAGGCCGUUUCAAUCAGCAGUACAUGCCAAAAGGACAUAUCGAGAAUUACGAAUGCUGAAACAUAUGAAUCACGAAAAUGUGAUUGGCCUGCUUGACGUAUUUCAUCCAUCCACAUCGCUUGUAGACUUUCAGCAUGUAUAUUUAGUAACACACUUGAUGGGAGCUGAUUUGAACAAUAUUGUGAGAACUCAGAAGCUAAGCGAUGACCACGUACAAUUUUUAGUCUAUCAGAUACUUCGUGGCUUGAAAUAUAUUCAUUCGGCAGGAAUAAUUCACAGGGACUUGAAACCAUCAAACAUUGCUGUUAACGAAGAUUGUGAAUUGAAGAUCUUGGACUUUGGCUUAGCACGGCCAACAGAGAAUGAAAUGACAGGUUACGUAGCAACCAGGUGGUACAGAGCUCCCGAAAUAAUGCUGAACUGGAUGCAUUACAAUCAAACUGUUGAUAUUUGGUCCGUUGGAUGUAUAAUGGCUGAACUACUAACUGGCAGGACAUUAUUCCCAGGAACAGAUCUCGCGGUUUGCAAAGACUUGCGUAUUAUCAGUCAAGCCUUAGCAAGAGCAGAUAUUCAUCAGUUGAACCUUAUUAUGGAGAUUCUGGGGACUCCACGAGAUGAGUUCAUGCAGAAAAUAUCAUCAGAGUCUGCUCGAAAUUAUAUACAAAGUUUACCACCGCUCAAGAAGAAGGAUUUCAAGGAAGUAUUUCGCGGAGCAAAUCCUCUAGCAAUCAACCUAUUGGAACUAAUGCUAGAGUUGGAUGCUGAAAGAAGAAUAACAGCAGAACAAGCUUUGGCGCAUCCAUAUCUUGCUCAAUAUGCAGAUCCUACCGAUGAGCCUGUAUCUUUACCCUACGAUCAGAGUUUCGAAGAUAUGGAUCUACCUGUAGAGAAGUGGAAGGAACUUGUUUAUCACGAGGUUGUGAAUUUUGUCCCACAACAGUUGCCAGCAUCAGCUACUGAGGGAGAAUCGACAUCCUAGGAUAAAGAAUAGUGUAUUUAAGUGAACUAAUUUUAAGGCAGCAAUCACAGAAAUUCAAUGCGUGGAACAUCUGUCGCUGUAAAUAAUCCAUAAUUAAGAUAAAAAAAAUAGUGCAGAUAAUUAUUAAACUUAUUUUUGUGUAACACUACCCUAAAUUAUUCAUAUGAACGAAGUAUUUGAAACUCGUUUAUAUUAAUUAAAAUCUGUGUGCCCAUUUCAUCUUAUUGCCACGCGUGUCUUUGCUGCAAUCUAUCCAUGAGGUAUGAGCAUCGCUUAGGUAAUGUGAAAAAAUUUAAAAACUGGUGGUCGGUGUAUUUGUACCAGGAAAAAAAUGGAAACCUUGACUCAUCUGUAUAUGUAGAGGGUUGUCAUAUGGUAAUUUAACAAACAUAGUUUCCAAAAUAAUAUUCAAUGAGUACUAUUAUUCUUUUCGCAAUAAUGUAUGUUUAUUAAGACCAAAUUAAGUUGAACGGUUUUCCUGAAGAUAUUACUUGUUAUCUUUCUUGGAAUUUGUGAAUCAAAAUUUGGCAGAAACUAGAAAAACUUGAAGUCAAAGAAACUGAAAUGAUAUGGACAAAUGAAUAGAACUUGGGCAAGUGACGAGAUACAUGAAUUCAUUGAAAAUUUACACAUACGGACUAUAAUUUACAUCACUAAAACAUUAAAAGCAUAUCCAAUGUACUUAAAGUAGAGCAGCCAAAAUAAAACAUAGUUCUCGAGUAUUAUAAUACUAAAUCUUAUAAUACCUUACUCGUGGAAUUCAGACCGACAUUUUGAAUAACAGCAAAGCAAGUGUUGUGUGCAACUUACAAAUUAGCAAAGCAGGCAAACCAUACAAAUACUUCACUGUACAAUCUACGGUGGACUUGGUACACCUAAAUACCAUGACUCAAUGUUAUAAAAAUUAAUUAUUUUAAUGAGUCAAGAACAAUCUAUUGAAGUGGCCUGAAAGGCCUGAAAGGCAAUACAACAGAUGUUAAUUUUCAGUUUUGUUUACCUGUGACAUUUAGAGAACACUAUUUGUACUAUUCUCAUUAGGGAAUCGGGACUGACGGGUGCAAAAACAACAGAAACAUAAUAUGACUUGUGUGCGAGUGAUUUUUCACAAUAGAAUCAAACUAAAAUUACUUACAAUUUGUAUAGAGCAGCAUUUUUCAACCAAUAACAAACUGCAUUUGUAUUAUUUCAUAUUUAACAAACUUGUUUGUUGAAAAGUAAAAUAGAAUUUAUAGUAAUAUGGUUAAGGUUGCAACAAAGCUUGUAUAUACAUACGUACAGGAUUGUACACGUAAUGUACAAGAUAAUAUAUAAUAUAUUGGAAUUUGAUUAGGCGCAGGAAUGCUAAAUAAAUCUGUUACAUGGUUGUA